AUGGACACCGCAGCGCGAAAUUUGCGCGGCUUCGUUGAGGAUGUCCAGUCACCAAGUGCCGGCCUGUUGGAUUUCCCCUCACCUGCAAGCGACCUAGAAAUCUACACUCCGGGUGUUGGCUCGUUGUCUUUGGCAGCAAACGUGACCUCUAAUCCAUGGUCGGAUUCCGAUGUGUGCCUAUAUUCUGCAACAUCUGCAAUUCCUGAUACUGUAGAGCAGCCGCAACCUUCGUUUUUCACGCCAGCUCACGAGUUCGAACAGCCUGAUCUUGGCUUUGACACUCUCGUUGGCGCUCGAGUAGCACCUGCCGCAGCCAGUCCUCUGCCACUUCUCUCCCAAAAAGACCCAAGAGACCUUCGUCUGCCAUCCUUCACGCAGCUCGGUAUAGCUGCCCCGCACUCCGAAACAGUUCGUCCGUUGCUUGUACGCAACCCUCAUCCUCGUCUUGGCGACGACGACUCAGCAGCUCGGUCUCAAUUCGACGGCACAGUCUUUGGAGAAAACGCGAGACCCUCGGCUGAUCGUCGUGUCGACGAUGCUGUGUUUGAACACGUAAACGCACGCCAACCUGAAUCUUCACCCGCAGUGCAACCCAGAGCACCCCUUCACGUCCCGGUGCAUCACUAUGUAACGACGCUUACACCUCCUGACGAUACUGGCAGAAUAACGUGGGAACCUAUCACGCAGUUUGCGACAGAGCCCAUGGCUUCUCCUGUGACUGCUAGCGGAGACCUGGCUUCCGGUGCUGAGGCUUCAGCCGCACCGGAAUCAGAUGGGUCGGCACUUCCAAUCAUUACACGCUCCACUCCAGUCGAAGAAUUGCCGCGCCCAUGGCUAAAGGACGCAAUAACAAUCAUGCUCCAGAAUAUUCACUCCGCGUCAAAUGCGUAUCAAGACCCAAUCAAGGUCCUUUCGCACGCACUACCUUGUCCCUCAACAGAAGGCCACGCCUUUCCCACCAUAAUCAGCUCUCUACACGACGACACUCCGACCUCGCCCACGUGCUGGAUCAAUGUUUUCCAUGCUCUUCCCGGUAGAUUCAGUUUGGCAGAUCUUCCAACCUCACCUCCCAGCACCCCUGGACCUCCCAUUGGUGGCGACGAUUACUUCACCAGCAAAGUCUUUGACUCGGCUGUACACAUACUCGACUACGCCGACAACCUUAAAUCUCUCCCACAAUCUCCGCGCCCUGUUGUACCACCUUCUUCGGUCGAUGUCUCGAUAGUCGAACGCUAUAUCCCACCUACCAACAAGAACGAGUUCGCUGAGAUGUUCACCACGAAGGGUCCCUCGCUGCUUGUAGACAGACUGGUCGAGUUGUCACCAGACAAUGGCACGCUUAUCUUCAUAUAUCCUACCAAGCGCGGAGCGCAAACAUUCGUCAACGAGUACCUUGGUCCAAUCCUCGACCCAAUCCUCAGAUCUAUGGUCGUUGUCAACGGAUUCUCGUCAGACAUGGGUCAGCAGCUGGGUAAAAUGUCUGCUGUCGACGAACUGCCUGACCAUGACAUGAUGAAGAGAAAGAUCAUGUCACUCUGCUCCUCGUUGAGCCAGUCAAGCCCCGGUAUGGAGCGCUUCCACAAGAUUCCCACGAACUUCGAGUUGCUGCUCUCCUCCACAGAGAAAAUCACACUGGACCGCAAAAUUUGGUCGGAGGACUGGUGGGCCAAGCAGGAGAAGCCACGUAUCAGAGAAACCAUUUCGCGCUUCUUCCGCAAAGCCAACAGAGCGCAGGAGGACCAGACACCCGUCAGUCUUGUUCACGAGGUUCUUGAUGGUGUUGCUCAAAGGUCAUACCCGGAAGGACGAGAUAAACCAUCUGACAUCGAAGUCAGCGUGUUUGUCAUUUCGAGAUCGAGAUGCACCAAAUGA